GUUGGCUGCAGCCAGGGCUACGCGAGUCGCGGCGCAGUGAGGUAUACCGGCGCUGGCAAAUCGGGCCCGGGAUGUAGAGCUGGCGGUUCUUGACGGCACGUCUGACGCGGAGUUGGGUGGGGUAGAGAGUAGGGGGCGGUAGUCGGGGGUGGUGGGAGAAGGAGGAGGCGGCGAAUCACUUAUAAAUGGCGCCGAAGCAGGACCCGAAGCCUAAAUUCCAGGAGGGUGAGCGAGUACUGUGCUUUCAUGGGCCUCUUCUUUAUGAAGCAAAGUGUGUAAAGGUUGCCAUAAAAGACAAACAAGUGAAAUACUUUAUACAUUACAGUGGUUGGAAUAAAAAUUGGGAUGAAUGGGUUCCAGAGAGCAGAGUACUCAAAUAUGUGGACACCAAUCUGCAGAAACAGCGAGAACUUCAAAAAGCCAAUCAGGAGCAGUAUGCAGAGGGGAAGAUGAGAGGGGCUACCCCAGGAAAGAAGACAUCUGGUCUGCAACAGAAAAAUGUUGAAGUGAAAACAAAGAAGAACAAGCAGAAAACACCUGGAAAUGGAGAUGGUGGCAGUACCAGUGAGACACCUCAACCUCCUCGGAAGAAAAGGGCUCGGGUAGAUCCUACUGUUGAAAAUGUGCGUUCAUUCAUGAACAGAGUUGAAGUUAAAGUAAAGAUUCCUGAAGAGCUAAAACCUUGGCUUGUUGAUGACUGGGACUUAAUUACCAGGCAAAAACAGCUCUUUUAUCUUCCUGCUAAGAAGAAUGUGGAUUCCAUUCUGGAGGAUUAUGCAAAUUAUAAGAAAUCUCGUGGAAACACAGACAAUAAGGAGUAUGCUGUUAAUGAAGUUGUGGCAGGGAUAAAGGAAUACUUCAAUGUAAUGCUGGGCACUCAGCUCCUGUACAAAUUUGAGAGACCGCAGUAUGCUGAAAUUCUUGCAGAUCACCCUGAUGCACCCAUGUCCCAAGUAUACGGAGCACCACAUCUACUGAGAUUAUUUGUACGAAUUGGAGCGAUGUUGGCCUAUACACCUUUGGAUGAGAAGAGCCUUGCUUUAUUACUGAACUAUCUUCAUGAUUUCCUAAAGUAUCUGGCAAAGAAUUCUGCAACCUUGUUUAGUGCCAGCGAUUACGAAGUGGCUCCUCCUGAGUACCAUCGGAAAGCUGUGUGAGAGAUGGUCUCACCCCAUAUAUGUUUGGAUCUCUGUAAACACAUUUUUGUUCUUAGUCUUUCUCUUGUACAAACAAUGUACUUUGAAGAUGUUAGUGUAUAACAGGAUUGAUGUUUGUUUUCUUUUUGAUUUUAAACAGAGUAAAUAAAAGGGGUUCUAGCUCCUUUUUUCUUUUCUUUUUUUCAUUUCAAAGUUGCUACCAGUGUAUUCAGUGAUGGACAACAGAAAGACAUGCUGUAGAGUGUUUUAUUGCCUAGUUGACAAAGCUGCUUUUGAAUGCUGGUGGUUCUAUUCCUUUGACACUACGCACUUUUAUAAUAUGUGUUAAUGCUAUAUGACAAAAUGCUCUGAUUCCUAGUGCCAAAGGUUCAAUUCAGUGUAUAUAACUGAACACACUCAUCCAUUUGUGCUCCUUCUUUUUUUUUUUUUAUGGUGCUUAAAGAGCUCAUCCUUUGCAAGUCAUCCAUGUUGUUCCUUAGGCAUUUUAUCUUUGCUCAAAUUGUUGAAGAAUGGUGGCUUGUUUCAUGGUUUUUGUAUUUGUGUCUAAUGCACGUUUUAACAUGAUAGACGCAAUGCAUUGUGUGGCUAGUUUUCUGGAAAAGUUGAUCUUUUAGGAAUUGUUUUUCAGAUCUUCAAUAAAUUUUUUCUUUAAAUUUCAAAA